UACUACCUCCAAGAUGGUAGGAAAGUUGUUGUUUUGGAGGGCAGAGGAGCCGCUCUCUGAUGUUAUGUCCUCUCGGUGCCUGUAGUGGUGCUGUAGGAGGCUGCUGGCUCUCUUCUUGAGCAGCCCCAGCAGCCCUGCCUUCUUUGCUGGAGAAUAUAUUCAGGGAUUCCCCUUAAUAAUCACCUACCCUCUGAGCACUUUGUAGUUUUAAAAUAAUAAAGAGCCCCCAAAGCUUUCUCCCCACAAAAAGCAGGAUCUUCUCAGAGACAGGGGGGCAGCAGCUCCUCAGCACAGAGCCCGAGCACAUUCCCAGUCCCUCUGCUGGGGAGGAAACUCUGAUCUGUCAGCCCAACAGAGGGAAAGGGGGGAGAGGAGAGAGAGGAGGGAAAAAAAAGCAGCUGGAAAGGGAAAAGAACGUCUGGUAGUUGUGAAGUGAGUGCACUGGGAGACCCGCCAACGCGCUUCACCCCGCACAGACAAUCUGCUUCAUCUUGGUUCAUCAUCAUUCCAGGAUAGUGGUGUCCUUGGGGCUCUCUCUUGACAUUGAUAUGGUACAGAAGAUUUAAAAUCAGCUGAUGUUCACAAGGAAUAGAGUCACGUGAUGUAUGAAGGCAAACACAUACACUUCUCUGAGGUUGACAAUAAGCCCUUGUGCUCAUAUAGCCCCAAACUGUGCAAGCAGAGGCGACUUAACGGCUACGCCUUCUGUAUCAGACACGUUCUGGAGGACAAGACUGCCCCCUUCAAGCAAUGUGAAUAUGUGGCCAAGUAUAACAGCCAACGCUGCACCAACCCUAUCCCCAAAUCUGAGGACCGUAGGUACUGCAACAGCCACCUGCAGGUACUUGGCUUUAUACCGAAAAAGGAGAGGAAGAAAAAGAAUGAUCCCAUAGAGGAGGUGAAGGUCAGGCAUCAGAUGGAUGCUAUGGCCUUCAGUCUGACAGUGCCCACCCUGGCCUUGAAGAUGCCCAAUGGACUGGAUGGGAUGUCCCUCUCCCCUCCAGGGGCAAGGCUUCCUCUCCACUACCUGGAGGCAGAAUUAGAAGACCCCUUUGCUUUCAAUGAGGAGGAUGAUGACCUAAAGAAAGGGGCAACAGUGAGGAAAAAGUUGCAGAGCAAGUUGGCUCAAAACCGGCAGCGCCAGAGAGAGACAGAGAUUUUAAAAGUUCGCCAAGAGCACUUUAGCCCCAUUCCUGCACCUUUGCAGCAGCAGCCUCUGCAGCAGCAGCAGCAGCACUCCCAUCUGCCACCUUCAUCAGCUUCGUUAAAGCCGACAGGGCUACCGCAGGGCAUCGUCUGCAAGUCACCUCAACCUCUGAACACCAGCCUACCAAUGCAGGGAGUGGCACCCACCACACACACUAUAGCACAAGCCCGGCAGUUGUCUAACAAGAGACCUCUGCCUCUCCUGCCACCCGCCAGGGCUCCUGUCACGGACCCACCAAGGACUGAUCGGGUCCUCAUGAAAGCCACAGCCUUCUCUCCGCACUCGUCCUGCAUGAGCCGGCUACAGAGACUGGUGAAACUGUGCACUCGAAAACAGCAGCUGGACACUGAUCUGUUUCCUCAUUUAGGGCUGGAUUGGUCUGAAGACAGUGGAGAAGAGUUGGAGGAUUCAGAGCAAACCUCCCCUUACCAGGUUGCAUGGUCCAUCCGAGAAAGCCUCGGCUAUGAGAGACCUGAGUCCGAUGAUGACAAUGCAGAUGACAGGAGUUCCAGGGUGACCAGACUUUGCACUUACUUUCAGCAGAAAUACAAGCACCUCUGCCGCCUGGAGCGGGCAGAAUCCCGUCAGAAGAAAUGCCGGCACACGCUCCGGAAAGCCUUGCUGCAGGCGGCCAGCAGAGAGCCGGAGCGUGCUGGGCAGCUCAUACAGGAACUCCGAAGAGCUACAUGUGCUUGUACCAGCACAAGCCAAGUGAGGCAGAGAGAUGCAGAACCAACAACCUGUAGCGGGACUUUGAAGGGAGAGCAGUGCACUAACAAGGCCCUUCCAUUCACCAGGCACUGUUUUCAGCAUAUCUUAUUGAACCGUUCUCAGCAGCUCUUCUCAAGUUGCACAGCCAAGUUUGCAGAUGGUCAACAGUGCUCUGUGCCAGUUUUUGACAUUACACAUCAGACACCUCUGUGCGAAGAACAUGCCAAAAAAAUGGAUAAUUUCUUGAGAGGAGACAGCUCCCGUAAAGUUCAGCACCAGCAGCAGAGGAAACCCAGGAAAAAAACGAAGCCACCUGCACUUACCAAAAAACACAAGAAGAAGAGAAGGCGAGGCCCACGCCGGCCCCAGAAACCCAUUCCUCCUGCAGUGCCCCAAGGGAACCUCACAAUGCCUGCCAGUGUCUCACUGCCAGUAGAGAUACCCCACAUACGGAGCCCCUCCACACCAGAGCUGAGUGCUGAUGAGCUGCCUGAUGAUAUCGCCAAUGAAAUCACAGACAUUCCACAUGACUUGGAAUUGAAUCAGGAGGACUUCUCUGAUGUCCUGCCGCGGCUGCCUGAUGACUUGCAAGAUUUUGAUUUCUUUGAAGGUAAAAAUGGAGAUCUCCUUCCAACUACAGAAGAGGCUGAAGAACUGGAACGAGCCCUACAGGCUGUAACUUCUCUUGAGUGCCUGAGUACCAUUGGAGUACUUACACAGACAGAUGGUGUGCCAGUUCAGGAGCUGUCAGAUAGAGCGAUAGGGGUGUUCUCUACAGGUGCUGGAGCUCCAGGAAUGCAGUCCUUGAGUCGAGAGGUUAACACGGAUCUGGGGGAGCUGUUGAAUGGGCGUAUAGUACAUGAUAAUUUCUCCGGUCUGGAGCUGGAUGAGAACUUGCUCCGUUCUGCUACCUUGUCCAACCCACCUACGCCCCUGGCAGGGCAGAUCCAGGGGCAGUUCUCAGCCCCAGCCAACGUUGGCCUUACUUCUGCCACUCUGAUAAGCCAGAGUGGCCUUGGGGAGAGAGCCUUCCCGGGACAGUUUCAUGGACUUCAUGAUGGCAGCCAUGCCUCCCAGAGGCCCCACCCUGCCCAGCUGCUGAGCAAGGCAGAUGACCUGAUCACCUCACGACAGCAAUACAGCAGUGACCAUUCACACUCCUCACCCCAUGGAAGCCAUUAUGAUAGUGAGCAUGUGCCGUCUCCCUACAGUGACCAUAUCACAUCCCCUCACACCACAUCCUUCUCUGGUGAUAAUUUGGCAGCUACCUUCUCAGCAGAGAUGCCCAUGAUGGCACAGCACUUGCUCCCAACUCAGCUGGAUGUGCCACUUAGCGGGGUGGUCAACCCCAGAACUCACUGGGGAAAUCUUCCUGUCAAUCUUGGGGACCCCUCUCCGUUUAGCAACCUUCUUGGUGCAGAUGGACACCUCCUGUCCACCUCCCUGUCCACACCACCUACCACCUCGCACUCAGAGACCACACAGCCUGCCUUCGCCACUGUGACCCCCAACAGCUCCAGUGUGCUUCCGGGGUUACCGCAGACCAGUUUUAGUGGCAUGGGUCCUGCCUCUGCUGAACUCAUGGGCUCCACCUCCCCUAAACAACAGCUCCCUCAGUUCAGCGCAGCCUUUGGGCACCAGCUGAGCUCCCACAGUGGCAUUCCCAAGGACCUGCAGCCCAGCCACAGCUCCAUAGCUCCUCCCACGGGCUUCGCAGUGACCGGUGCCACCGCUACCAGUACCAAUAACGCAUCCGCGCCCUUCACCACCUCCAACUGAGCUUGUCUGCCUGGCUCCAUGCAGGUAGCAUCUGGCAUGGAAAACUUGGCUGCACACAUUGAUUUGAAAAUGGUGCGCUGAAGUCCUAAAUCAAGAUCAUGGUUCAAGGAUGAGUUUGGCAGUUUCUUAAAAUAGUCUCUUGACCUUCUCUGUGUGCGUGUGUAUGUUUGGGGUGCAGGGAGCAGAAUUCCUUUUCUUCUUUUGGUGAAGAAGUGGGAGUUGUCCCCUUCCAGAACUGGUCACUGUUCUUAUUGCAUGCUGAUUUUGGAGUUUUUUUAUUAUCAUGAUUUGUAAUUAAUUGAGUAGCAAAGGGAUCAGUUGACUGGUUGCCCAUCAGUUUGAAGGCUGAUAUGAAGUUAGCCCAGGGAAAAAAAAAGAAACAGGAUUGAAAUAGACCAUGGAUUCCUGAAGAUUCCUGUGCAGAAGUUCCCUUCCUUGCUGAAUUACUGUGGCCUUGUAGCAUUGAUGAUUUGCCUUUUCAAGUGUGUCUUUGUCCAGAACUCUUUGCCUGACAGGCUAACAGGUAUUUCCCAGCUGAAACCCGAAGAAUUUGGUUGGUAUUCUCCCUGUCCACACAAGUCUAGGUCAGACCCUUUGCAAGUUUCAAAUGGAUGCAUUUCUCAAAAUAUGUCUAGCUAGUGAGACUUCCUUGGAUAGUUUUUAAUCCCCUGAGAGCCAUAUAGUUUUUUUGACAUGUGUAGGAUUUGAUCCUCUGUUUGGGAAGCUGAAUGUAUGUAAGGAACUAGCAGGUACCUGUCAGCAGUCAUGGCUAACCAAAAGAGAAAUCACUAAAGCAAAAUAGGUAAGAAUUCCUUCUGUCUGCAGGAUGGUUUUGUUUGUACUGAUCACCUGCUAAAGAUAGUAUUCAGACUCUUUGGUAGUAAUUUCAGUUCCUAAAGAAAGAAGUCAGCUAGGUUUUAGAAUUUUUUAAAAAUAAUUUUAUUUUUUAAUUUUACCUUUUUUAAACCAAGAGAUAACAACAGCAGAAAUUCUGAGGUGUUUACUUGCAUCUUCUUAUCAAGAAGGAAACAAAGGACUUUGCUUGUGACUCUAUAGGACUCAAAUUUGCUCUGACUUUGACUGUAAAAGUAGCUCUUACUUAAUAUUACAGAUCUCUACUCUUGGUUUGUUUCUGAGAUGCAGAUGAGAGAAAAUAGAAUAUUCUUCAUUUCAGUCUUUUACUGUGGAAGACGGAUUUCAUUCUACCUUACAGGAAAAAGUCCUACCUACAUGUAUUGUAGUCUAUUUCAGGAAAUUAAGAGAUAACCAAGCACAUGUAAUAGGGAGGCCUAAUAAAUUUUUGGAGCAAAGGAUCAUUGACCGAAGUUUAGUUGCUAUAGAAAUUCAUUUUAUUAGCAGUCAAGCACACACCAAAAUCUCUGACCCAAACCUCUCCUUCCAUCUUCCUAAGAAAUAGAAUUUAAAUGGGAUAGGUCUUGUGUCUUACUAUUGUAGCAAUCAUACUAUCCGUCUUUUCUUGAAAGAUCUCUCCUCUUUAAAUAUAAAAGAGCAUGGAUGAUGCAUAUGUCCUUUUCUGAAAUUGCAAGUGUAUGUGGGUGGAGGAAACAAAAAUUAUUUUCAUGCUUCUGUUGUUAUGAAGUCAUUAUUUCAUACUUGGUAAAAUAGAUCUGAAUAAUAUAAGCUGAAUAUUUUUAAGUGGUGAUUUAAAUAUGUUUGUAACAUUUAAAUGUUUUUUAAAUCACAUAAAAAGUUUAAUUGAAGCCUAUGAAAUCCUGCUUGUGAUUGUCCUGCUGAUUGAGGAAUUGUGAAUGAGGCAAAUCUGAUAAGGCUUUUAUUUAUUUUUGUGUUAUGUUACCCAUACUUUGUUGAGGAGACAACUGUUUGAUUUGCAAAUGAUUUUUGUUGUGUCCAUAUACCUUCUUCAGUUUGUUCAGAUGACUGAAAAAGAGUGGAGAACUAGUGUACCAAAUAGUUUAUUCUUUAAUCUGUUUGUGCAUUCACAUAAUUUUAGAGGGUGUCAAUUUCUGUACAUUGGUUUCAGGACUUUGGUCUUGAAAUGGUUCUUGUGCCCAUCAAACUAGUGCAGAGUAUAUUUGCCCCACAUCACAUUUCUCUUUCUUAGAAAAUGCUGGGGAGAAAGGGAGGAGAGGAACUGAGUGCAAACUUCUCCUGGGUCUCAUUGGUAUAAAUUACAAAGAAGCUUUUUUGUCUAAGGUCACCUUGAGUUUGUACUGAUCUAACUCAGAACAGAACCCAGCUCCUGAUCUAUGUGUUGAUCUAGAUGGGAAUUUCAAAAGCUGUCAGAGGUGUGCAGGUCCACAGUUCCCAUUUGAAAUCAAUGGCCUUUAUGUACCUGCAUUUCUAUAAAGUAGCCUAGGAUAUCAACUCUCUUCCCCCACUUAGAUUUCCAUUUCUGUAUAUCCCUUGAUGACUCUUCAAAAGUGACUGCGUAACAUUUUUCAAUGAGCAAACUAAGUUUGCAAUAAAGCUGCACUUUUAAAAAUAAAUUUCAGUUUGUAUACAUUUGAAAUAGGAAUCCCUCUGUCCUGUUUGAUGCAGUGUUCUGAAAUGGGCCACCACUCUUGCCUUUUUCUGGUUCACCUCCCAUUUUUUUCAAUGCCACCAAUGUCAUGGUUACAGCCUAACAAGCAGUUACGGGUCUUGAUCUUAGCUUUACAAGGUGGAUCAUUCCAGGUGGACUUCUACACCCACACAGCCUGUUGACUUCAGUGCAUCAGUGUCUUACUGUUGGAUGCAAGAGAUCCAAUUGAGGGGUAUGUGCAGUCAGAGAUGUUUCAUACCUCUUCCUCUGGGAAAUACUGCACGUCUGGUUAAGGUAGUCCUCGAGGCUGUUACUUAUGUGGUUCCCAAGUAGAAUCUAUGCUCCCUCACAAAGGUUUUUGAGUAUCAGCUCUUACAGCAAUUAGCACUCUCAUCACACUUUCACCAAAGAGCCAGUGUAGCAAUUUCAGUUCAUUGAUUUGAAAUGCUUAAUACCUGUUGUGCCCUUUACAUGUUAACAAAUGGAAUAAGUCUAGUUGAACCUAAAGGUUAAUUUCUUUACAUAAGAUUUGAGUUUUAAAGAACUGAAAAAAAAUUAGAAUAGAAUAAGUCACAUCACUUUUGGCAAUAAUAGCACCUCAAUUAGUCUUUGUACGGAAGUACUUAACCCAAGAUGAAUUUUGACAGUGUUAUGGAGGCUUAUCAGGAACAGCUUCAUGCUGGCCUGGUAUUUAAGGCAUUCUUUACCAUGUGCUUUUAUGUUUCCUUUCACCUGGGAAGACUUUACACCAACUCUGAGGGGAGCCAUAUGUGCUUAGAUAGCUCAAAACUGAUUUGUUCUUUGCCCUCAUAAUUAUUAUGAUACAAGAUGAUGUAUAUGUGAUGCAAGAAGAUGGAAAAGAUGCGUAAUUUUGUUUCCUCCUGCCUUCCAGUUUCUCCAGGUUCUUGCUUAGAUCCAUUCUUGUUAUGGUAGCAUGCUUCUCCCUAUGGUUGAGCACAUUGAUAAUGCUGAGAGGUAGCACAGUUGCAGGUCUGCCUCAGGUACUGUGGAGAAGAUGGCAAGAGCUAGGUUUCCCACUGAAAACGGGGAUUUGCAGUUCUCAUUUGGAAAGCAUUGGAAAGCCCUGAGAAUCUUAUCACCUGCUAGGCAAAAAUCAGGAAAAAUCUCUCAACAACUCUCUCUCAAAGGAGAGUUGUACCUAGUAGCAAAGAGAAGCUAAGGGAACUGGCUUUUUAAUUUUUAGUUAUUUUUUUAAAGAGAAACAUGACUGUUGGGAAAUUCUGUUGUGAGCUGUUAGCCAUGGUGUGAUGCCACUGGCUUUAGGUGUCAAGACAAAAAGCCUAGGAUUGAACCUGCAAACCAGUAACCAAAUUCAGUUUGAAGCUUUGUUUUGCUGUAACCACAUCUAAAUACAGUCUGGGUUUGAAUCUGGUUGCUAGAAGAGUCCUACAAAAGUGUACAAUAAACACUGGAUAGAUGUCUUCCCUGAGAAGCUUGCCCUGGUGGCUACCUACACUGCUUUUGAACACCAGCUCCCUGAGCUCCUGCAGCCUCUUUGCUGCUGCAUUUCCCUGUAGGUAUUGGCAGGCCUCCAAGGGUAUUUCUCCCUAUCUUUGUGCUGCACUGAGCUAAAUCAUGAAUUCUCCAACAGUAUGAGCCUUUGGGCAGAGAAGAGGGAAGCCUUUUUAGAAGAUCCAGCUACCUGUAGUUGGACCUUUCAAGACUUGCGGAGUGCAGAGACAGUGGCAGGAGGUGCUUUCAGCAGACAAACAAUAGUAAAAUUACCUGCAGUGAUUUUCUGCAGUGAGAUGUUUGUGUGGCUGUCUGGGCAGCUUCCCUGGUGGAACUGGUGUAUUUUUGCUUUUGUAUUUUUACAUGUGAAGGACUCUCCUGUGCAAAGUCCAGUGGUGGUAGAAACAGCAACUGAAGGAAUAGUUUUGGGCUAAUGUGCUGACCAGAUCUUUAGGUCUUUCUCAUCUUCUGAUCACAAGGUCUUUCUGAUCUUUUGGGUAACAUUUAAUAAGGGGAAUUUGUGGGCUACUUCUUGUACCCCCUUUAUUUCCUUUCACUCAACAUUCUUCAUCAUUCUUGCUUCUGUUUUCCCAUUCUCAGACACUUCUCCAGUGUAAGUGCCAACUGGUAAGUCUUCCAUAGUUCUGGGUGAAUCUGAUUGUAAAAUGAAAGGGAGGAGAGAUUACUGCAAUUCAUAACAUACAUUUUGGAUGCUAGAAUGACAGUGCAGUAGAUCAAAGUAUUUCUCAGAUCAAUGAGUAAGGAGAUGUUUCACAGCACACUAAUAUGUCAUGAAUUAGAUGCUGAGGAUACAACAUUGAUCAUGGGAGUGCACACACUAGCAGUGAAUAUAGAGGUACUUUUAGCAAGAGUUUACCUUCUCAGAAGUUCCUCUUCUUUUGAGAAGUGUGUCAGUAGAAAGUCACAAAGAAAAAUUUAAAUUAUUCUUUCUUAAUACGCACAAGCCCAAAUAAAAGUAAGGAGGGUUGGUGAAAAAAAUCUAUAUUUAUAUUUACUAAACUUGGACUUUAGGGGAAGUCUGGUCAUGAGAGACCUUAGCUCUUGUCGGGUAAAGUUUUGGUCUUGUCUUUAAAAGUAGACAAAAACACUGUUGUUGGGAAGAAAAGUUUGGUGGAGGAGAAGGAGUUAAAAAGAUGCAUCUUAAAACAAUUUUCUCUCUCAUGUCUUCAGCCUCUUUUUUAAAAAAAGCAACAACACAGUAGUGACUAUUUUGGGAGCUUUUCCCUUAGCUGUUCUGGUACUUCUCACUGUUGUUGAGUUCUUUGCUUUCCCCUGUUUUACUCUGCAUUCACGUAGUCCUUCUCUGGCUACUAUGGAAUAAGUUAAUGUAGUGGAAGCAUGAAAGGAGAAAGUGGGUGUGGCUCUAUGUUGAGAGCGAUAGUUGGAGAAGGCUUUCUUUGUAUGUCUCCUUGAAGUAAGUGUUGGCACCUUUUCAGUCUACUCUAGGUCACAGAAUUUGGUUUGGAAGUGAAUAGGAUGAAAUUUGGGCUUUUGACCAUAAAACUGUAUUUACUCGCUGUAGAAAAAUGCAUUCUUCAUACUCUUCCCCUUGCUAGUCCCCAAACACACACACAGCGAGAUGUCCAGAGUGCCCGCGUGUCGACCACAUAGGCAUGUUGAACUUGGUCCAGUAAUGCUAAUGUUUAACCUGCUUUCUGUCGUUGUCAGCUGGUGCCCACGGAGAUGAACUCGGGAUAGGUAACGUUCCCAGAUACCCUCUGGAAAACUUUAACUUUGGUGCAGAUUGCUCUGAUGUAGCUAACUGCGAUGGCAUUGGCUUCUACCUUGGAGUGGACUGAUUUACCCUGAAAUGACUCUCUAACCUGCAUCUUAAACAGUGUAGUUGGUUCUGGUGCAAAUAGAUUAAUUCUGAAGUGAUGGACAUUUUGAUUCUCAUGCAAAAUAGCUACAUCCUACCAGAAGGGGUUGAACCAGUUUCUCUGAACAGUGAUGACCUUCACUGUACAGUUUUGGGUAUGUCUCAGGGAUUCCUUGUGGAAAUAAGGGCAUUUAACAAAAAAAAAAAAAAAAAAAAAAAAAGGUAAAAAAAAAGUAAAAAAGUAAAUAGUUUUAAAAGAAAAUAAUAAUUUAAGGUAGAGCGUCACCGAAGUGAGAGCGCAAGAAGGAGAAAUCUUUGUUCAGUUUUAUAGUCAACGAUGUCUGGCUUACGGACUCUUUCUCUUCUCGGGGCUCUCAUCUCAAGUUCAACAUACAGAAUCUUUUUCAUCACGCUCAGCUUUAAACUUUUUAUUUAAAGAUACCCUUCCCCAAUGAGCUUUCAGAAUACUUAUUGUAGAUUUUAAGAGAAAUGGUAUAUUAAUUUAUGCUAUUAACAUCACCUCAUAAAUUAUAAGUUUUAUACUAAAGCUGUAUUGAGUGUAAUGAAUUAUGUUGCAUAUGUGUUUUUAAUAGCUAUAAAAUUAUAUACAAGCUUUUUUGGAAAAACAAACUAGUGAAGCACCUUUUUACACUGGAUCUUUGCCGUGUCAAGGUGUACAGCUAUUCUUUGCUACCUUGCAGAUAUCUAUAUCUAUAUAUAGAUAUAUAUAUAAAUAAAAUAAAAUGGUAUCCUGUAUCAACAAGUAUAGAACUCUUUUUAACCCUUAUAUUACUGUUCCUAUAACUCUUUUUAAAAUUUGAGUGUUACAUUCUGCAAUAAUUUAUCCGUGGUUUGUACCUAUGAUUAGAAAUUUAGUUACAGGGUAAAUAGAUCAAAUUUUAAAAAUCCAACUACUGUAGCUGGAAGUCGUGAACCAAGUUUGUAAGACCUUUUCUUUUUUUUAAUGUAUUUAUUUCCAGUUAGCUCUGUGAGUUGGAAUUUGAAAAGUUGGAACAUUAGGAAUCUACAGUGUCUUAUUCAGGAAUUUUCCCCCUCCUUUCCUCACAAAGGAAUUCCCACUGUGACUUAUAAAUAGAAUUAGACUGCUUGUGUGCAUGUAUGUAUUAUAUAUACACACAAAAAAUAUGCAUUGGGGGGGAUGUAUGUGCGAUACGAAUGUGUAUAUUGUAUGUAGGUCAUAGUUUUGUAAAGAGAAAAGUAGUUGAGAGGUGAUGGAAUGUAUUGUAGAAAUGUGAUUAUUUAGUAGGGGGUUGUUAUGUCCUCACUGUUGUAUAAAUAACUGAAACUCUCUACUAUAUAAUCUUCUGUUAUAAGGCUAACUCUGAUAUCAUGUCAAUUUUACUGUUUUUCAAAUGAGUUACAUUGAGCCCUGUUUAAAAUGCCAUGAAAAUACCAAGCUCCCAAAGACAGCCUUUAAAUAAAACAAAGGGGGGAUGAAGAAUGAUGGGAGGAAUGAGUUUUUCGGGAGAAACUGAAUGGGAAGGUUUGCAUUUGGUGGGAUGGGGAGGCAUGAGAAUUGCUGUAUCUUUGCAAAUUAAUACCCGAAUCUCCUGUGGUCUAACCUGGAAAAUGUUGUCAAUCAGUGUACUUGUGUUUUCCAAUGAGGUUGUAAGGGGCACUGUUUGUGGAGUGGUCUCCAUUCCAUAAAAGGGUUUUGUCUUCAAAGUAGAUAUUUUUCUUUCAUGAGGAUCUUUGUGUAUAUCAUUUUGCCCCAGAAUUGCUGCUGUGGGAUUGCAGAACAAAAAAAAAAACAUGAAGUCCAGGGAGUUUCACUUGUGCUGUGAAAUUCUAAAUUUGAUUGUGGCCACUUACCUGUUUUUUCAUAAUUGGAGAAGGAAGGUUUCUUUAUGGGAGUUCUCACUUGAAAUUGUGAGAAAUCAGAAACAUUCCUACAGAUUGGCUUACUCUUCUUACUGUUCUAUUUAGGCUGGAGAAAAUAACCUAAUUGUUAUUUAUUCAUACAGUAUCACUUGUAAUUAUGAUGAUCCUGGUGACUUUAAAAACCUGUUUAGAAAAACAGAGCUUCCAAUACUGCACAGAAAUUAGAAAUUUUUUUCAAUUUUUUUAUAUCCCCCCUCCCUAUCAUUUGUUGAUACCCUCCCGACAUCCCUCCCCCUUUCCUUCUCCCCACAAUUUGUUUCUGGCACAUAUGCAUACAGGCAAAAGGGCAGGGAGGUGGAAGUUGUCAGAGGCCUUUCCUUCUGCUUAUUUGGUGGUAAUGCGAAUUAGAAGCAUAAAUCUUUAUGCCUUUAAGGGGAAGAAUAGACCCAUUUUUGUGUAUACCUGUACAGAGAGAUUAUCUGUAUAUGAGACAAUGGUAGCACUUGGCUGAAUGUGGACUUGCCCUCAUGAUGUACAAUAAAUACUUAUGAAUGCAAUCAGUCUAAAUCUAUAUAUACGUGCAUACAGAUGUAUAGAUGGACUAUACGUUGUGUCACACACAUGUACAUUAGUUGUAACAUGAGUCAGUGUGUGAGCUAAAGAGAGGGACUAUCCACGUAACAUAUGUGUAACAGGUAAGCCCUUGUGCCAGACGAGUUUUUGUUAAUUCUUCUGAGGGACCUGGAUGACUCAGUGACUGAUCUGAUCUUGGUCACCGUUGGUUUGUGUUACCUCAGCCCUCACAGUGCAGUUUCCUUGGUACCUCUCUGCCUUUGUGUUAUAUUAAGACUUGUUGAGGCCUCUUGCAAUGCCAACCUCUUCUGCUUCUCUGUUCCAUUGCCUCCAUUCCAGCUCCUCCUUGUCCCUGCAUCUCUACAGUUUCUCUUGCUAGCAGCAAUCAGCUUUAAUGGCCCAAUCCAGCUCUGCUUAUGCAUUAGGGAAAUUUUCUUGGUGAUUGUAGUGGCAGCUGAAUUGGGCCCUGAGCACCUGCUUGAACUUAUGCAAAAUUUCCCAGCUAUUCAGAUGUGCUUCGGUACAACUGCGAUUGAUUUGCAGAUGAAUACAAACUUUUCAUAGAACCUGAUGCAAAGCUCCCUAGCAUAUUAAAAGGUUAACCCAGCAUCAUAUUUAAAUAGUCUAAAUGAGAAAGCCCUACCCAACAAAAAUUAUCUUCUCCAGUUUUCAGCCCCAGGAAGAAAAAGGGAGUUGGGUUUGUGUUUCCCAUAACACAGGCAGUAAGCAGAAGGCAGCCCUGUGCUCUGAGCAGCGGGGUUGUCAUCAGACAUCAAGAGAAACACAGUUUGUUACACUUUACCAUAAAACAGGUUUUAAAACGGUGUGCAGAGUUGACCAUUAACAUGCUAGCACUUUGCAUCUAAUUGUGUAUUGGGUGAUCUUGCUUAUGCAAGUAAAUUGUGGUUUUAAGUGUUUUAUUUUCUGUUUUCUGGCUAAAUGGAGCUUCUGUAUCCUUUUAGCAGAAAGCAGCUGUCAGCAACCUGCUCAGUCACAUUUAAGCGCUGUGUAACUUAGGCUUCAGUUUCAAUGGAGAAUGCUGCUCCAGUUCUGUCAUCGAGCCAUACUGGAUUCCAUGUUUUCAGGAUGGCUAUGACACAAUUUUUCUUGGCCACAAUUCAGCCAUGGAAUUUUGUCUUCCUUGAAUUUCUGUUAGGAAAAGGUAACUGGUGCACUGUUCCAUCUGAGCUUUCAUGCAGUCAUACACAAUGAUUUCUAUAAUACAUAUGUUGGGGCGUGUGUAUGGGUAUGUCUGUGUUCUGGGUGUGUAUAAUGUAUAUUUAUACACACACGUCUAUUACGCUAUUUCAGUUUAUGUAUGUGGAGAAUGUACCUGUUGGUUAUCUCCUGAUAUAUACUCAUGCAUACGUAUAUUAAAUAUGUAUAUAGAGUGUAGAUGUCCUGCAUAUACAUAUGUAUAUGUUAUGAACCUUGGUUGGCAAUUUUUUCCACACUUUUUUGCAAAUUGCUGUCCCUUAUGACUUAUUUUCACUGAAGCUGCAUUAUAUAGAAGAUAUGGAGAAAUGUGUUAUCAAAGUUUUAUUUUAAAAAGGAGACUUUUAAUUAUCUAAAGCCAUUUGUAAUUGUCUUUUGAAUUUUUACUAGAAGGGUUGUUAGUUUAAAAAAGAAAAAGAAAAAAAAGAGAAAACAAAAAACCAAAAGCAAGCAGACAAACCCUUAGUCCCACCGUCGUUUAGACGGACCUAAGAAAGAAAUGGAAACACAAGUUUUUAAGUAUUUUCUUCAGGUGUUUCUGAGGCAUACUGUAGUCGCAUUCUGCCCCAUCCCCCUUUUAUCCAAUUAUAAUUAAUGAUUCAUGGUUUCUUUUACACAACUUUUUCCGUCAUUACUUUUGUAAAUCAUUGUUCACCUCCUACAUUCAGUAGUACUGAUAUCACUAAGGAGAUUUCAUGUCCUUCUGUCCUUUUUAGGAGAAAUACCAGUGCAUCACUAUUGUGUUACAUUUUAACAUACUUUGUGGAGGAUGGAUGUUUUUAUUGAAGAUGUCUGUAACCAGUCUAACUUAUUUAAUGUGAGGAGCCUUCAUUGGAAUCUAUCGUCUGUUGGUUUCCAACAAGUUUCUGCAACUGUUUUUUCACCAACAUGUUAAAUAAUUCCCUUCUUAUUUGAUGCCUGAGGUUUUAGAAUUUGGGUUUAUUGUUGUGGGUUUGUUUUUUGGGGGUUUCCCCCCUCCAAUUCCCAAAAAUGUUUAUUUGCAAGUGGAACAGAACAGAUGUCAAAAGCUCAACCAAUAUACUUUUUGCAGUUAAGGGUAAAUAUAUUUAUCCUAGAUUUAAUAAAAGAAGGUGGCAAAUGGACAAUCUGAAGCGCUUAGAGGGAACGCUCACUCUUUUUAAGGCUGUCUCCGAGAAGUUUGUGUUUGGUGUCAUUUUAAAGGUAGCUUGAUCAUGCUUUGAUAUCAGAAACAGCCUUGUAACAAAGAGCCUCAUACAGUUGUUCGGUCACUAGAGUUUAAAAUGUAAACAAGUUGCAGUGGGAAAGCAAAGGUGAGGCAGUGUAUUUUGAACCAGUGAAUUGUAGCUUGCAAAUGUACCUGAUUUUGAAGUAACUGCAUGGUAGCAAGGAUUAGCAGUCUCUUACACCCCUUCCUUUUUCCCCUCUCAUCCCUGACACGUGUUCAGCAUACCGUACAUUGGGAAAAAUAAGCAACUUACUCCAGCAAAGCUAAUCCACUUAAUGACUGCUUAAAGGGAACAUACAAACUUGCAUUGCCGCAGCCCGUCUCAUGGUAUUAGCUGAAGGUCUAGCUAAUACGCACAAAAAGCCCAGGCCAGGCGGCUGCUGCGGAUGUGUCGCUUUUGGAGAGUGUGGUGCAUGGAGAUGCCCAAGAAGAAGGGUCCCUUCCUUCGGGGUCCCUGGCAGCAAUGGCAACUUGCACUACUGCUUCUAGUGCUGGAGGCUCACGGACAGCAUUCCAGGGGCGGGUAGGAAAGCUCGUGUUUGUACUUUCCCUUUAAAUAGGAAAGGUUGGCUCACAUGUUCCUCAUACUUCUCAAUGAAUGUACUGUAUUACCAUUAAAAAAAAAAAAUCAAUUAAAUGAUGAUAGAUUGGUCUCCUUUUGUUAUCUGGUCCUUGUUUAAUUUGUUUAAGGGUUUUUGUAUACAAAAGUUUACAUUUUUAUGUAUAUUUUUCUUGUGUAAAAACUGAUGUAAUAUGUGUAUAAAACACUGUAUGUAUUAUCUGUAUAUAGUGUGACAAAAUGAUUUUCUUUCUUUCUUUUGGAUGUAUUAAUAAAUCUUGCUGUGAAGUA